AUGGUGGACAGAUACCUCUCAAGAAUAGAGAAUUAUGAAAGUAUUUCUUUGCUUAAACAAGAGUCACAAUGGGAAAUAAGCAAACAUCCUACUGCAGUAUGUGCAGUAAAUAAUAUUAUAUAUUCAGGGACUAAAGAUGGAUACAUAUUUGUGUAUAAAGAUGCACUUUAUACAGAAAGAUUCUGUCCUAUACCUUCUAAAGUACUUGGGAUAGAAUCACUCCCUACAACAGGAAUAAUCACUCUUCAUGAAUCAGGAACUAUUUCACAUAUAAAUCAAAAGGCAGGCACACUAUCACACAUAGAUGGGUUUAUCAAUGGAAUAAUACAUAAGAAUAGUCCUUGGAUUAUUUCAGAGACAGAUUCAGGCUUAUCUAUAUUUGAUUAUAAUAAAGUGUCUAUGUAUAAUACAAAUAAUGCAAAUACUAGCAAAAAUACACCACGUAAAGUAUUCAGUGCAAGUAAUGAGAAUAAUUAUAUUUUACUGUGUGAUAAUACUGUAAGACUAAUAGACAUAAGAACAAUGAAAGAAGAAAUAGAAAUAAAAAAUAUAAAGAAUAUUAAAGCAGGCAUAUUUCACUCUUCAAGCAUAGAAAUGAUUAUAUCACAGGAGAAUAGAAUAAAAAAUAUAGACAUAAGGAAUAUUUCUGUAAUAAAAGAGAUAAAGACUAAAUACACUGCAAGUAUACUACAUGAAUAUUCAGAUACAUUAAUAUAUUCAGGACCAAAUCUGUUCACUCGCUGUGUAUGCCCAGUUACUGGCCAUUCAUUAUUUUUACAUAAAGAGUCUUCUUGUCAAAUAGUAUCAAGUGAUAGUCUUAUACUAAUAAAUAGUAGCAGAAUGAUCACAGAGUACAAAAAGCAUAAAUAG